CCAAUGGAGUUGUUACAAAAUAGUACAACCCAAUCCGUUGAGUUUGGGCCCAUUCUGGCAUUGACUGGAACCAGUAGUGCCUUGUCUGUGCUAGGGUCAGUGGGUAUCUUUGUAAGUUUUUACAAAGAUCCAGAAAAGUGUUUCACUUUUCGUCUUCUUUUUUACCUUUCAUGCGCAGAUGCUGUUAAUGCUUUUGGUAACUUUAUUGGCGUGAUCAGAAACCUUGCUAUCACUGAGCAUUAUUCUCCUUGCGAUUCGGACGACGUUUGCAUUGGUCAAAGCUUUUUGACAACUUCCGCUAGUCUGGCCUCGUUUUGGUGGACUUUCCUUGCGGCAUUAAACCACUUUCUGUAUAAACGAAGUAGUGGGAGUUUUCAUUUGGAGACUCGACGAAAUCAGGUUAUUUCUCACUUUGCAGGAUGGGGAUUUCCACUUCUGAUAGCCACAAUUGCCCUCUCCCUCGGCGUAUUAGGAGAGGAUUAUUCUGCCAGUAGUGGCCCGUGGUGUUGGAUUAAAGAUUGUGACACCAUUCCACUGAGUCCCAUAUUUUGGAUGUUUCUCGCAGGAAAAUUUUGGGAGAUUUUAGCGUAUAUAGGCACGUUUGCCAUUUAUAUGCUUCUGAAAGCCGAACGAUGGAAUAGUUUAAGAAUGAACAAUAGACUUCUACCAUUAUCAAGUGGUCGACAGUCAUAUGAAGCUAUUCCGCCACCAGGAUGUUCUAGAAAUGAAGACUCUUCCAUCGACGACAGAUUUGGCUUACUGUGGAUAUUCUUAUAUCUGUACGUCACGCGCGUCUGGGGAACAAUUCGGUUCUUUAUUUUUGUUGGUCAUAAUGGUUCUCCGUAUUUGCCAACUGUCAACAAGGUUGAUAAGGUCUUGUUGUAUUUUCAGAGCGUGGGAGAUAGUGCUCAAGGCUUUGUUAACUUUGCAGGGCUUAUUUUGUUACCGUAUAUUUUAAGAAAGUCCAAUUAACCGUUUCCCGCUUUUUCCAAAAGUAAU